CUGAACUUUGCAAUACCAUGGAAAUUUCGUUGCACUACAAAAGAGUUAGAGAGUCAGACGUACAAGAACAGGUGAAUUUUAAAAGACUGAGCCAUCCCUGACAAGACAAACAUAACUUUUCCUCGUUUCGCAAUAACAGGCAGAAUCAGUGUAAACUCCGUUCACUCCCGACACCAUUUUGCAUUCGCUUCACCUGCGGUUCAAGAGAAACGCUCAAGCUGACUUAUCAGAGAACCUUAGAAAUCAACGAACCAUGAUGGUGAUACCAAACUCAUUCAUCUCUCUGUAUUCAGUCUUGAUUAUCUUAGGAAAAGGAUUGUCAGAACAGGCUUUCAAUGUUAGCGUGAACGAAUCCAAGCCCAUUAUCAGUGAUGAAUUAGAAGAAGAUGACGACGAAGCACGACUUGUGAGAGAUCUAUUCGACGGAUACAACAAGAAUGUGCGUCCAACAGAAGAUAAGGAGUUGCCUAUUGAAGUAAAAUUUGGUAUUGCAUACACACAGAUUGUUGACUUGAUUGAGAAAGAUCAAGUGCUUGUAAGCAACAUCUGGGUCAGAAUGGCAUGGAACAAUCAUCUUUUAAAAUGGAACGCUUCUGAUUACGGAGGAAUAAAAACAAUUAACCUUAGUCCACAUCUGGUCUGGCUUCCCGACAUUGUCCUUCACAACAACGCGGAGGAAUUGCUUCCAAGUGGAACUCUAUACCUCUUUAAAACCAAAGUGAUCUUGACUUCAGAGGGAUCAUGUACGUGGUACGCCCCAACAAUACUGCGCAGCGGUUGUAACAUCGACAUCACUUACUUCCCGUUUGACGACCAGAUUUGUGAGCUUAAAUUCGGUUCCUGGACAUAUCAUGGACUUGAAGUGAACAUCGUGCAAAUGCGAGACGCAGCAGAUCUCAAUUUCUACAUGAAGAGUUCCGAGUUUGAGCUCAUCUCUGCCAAGGCUAAGAGAAACGUAGCCAAGUACAGCUGCUGUCCGGAGCCUUAUCCAGAUGUGACAUUCUUCCUUCAUCUUCGUCGUAAACCUGGAUUUUUCCUCUACAAUAUCAUCAUUCCCUGCUUGGUGAUAACCUCCCUAGCUGUACUGACAUUUGUCCUGCCACCAGAGAUCGGUGAGCGAGUGACUUUGGUAAUUGAGUCAUUCCUAGCUCUGUCAUUCGUCGUUCUUAUGGUUUCUGACAACGUUCCUGUUACCUCCGACAACGCUCCUCUCAUCACAAAGUUUUUGAUUAUUUCCAUGUGCCAAAUAGGGGGCGCACUAAUUGCAAACUGUAUUUCACUAAACCUCUACAGAAAGUACCGGAUGCCCCAAUGGUUGAGAGUGGUGUUUCUCCACUACUUAGCCCGAUGCUUGUGUAUUAAAUCGGGCCAACCGAAGGACAACAUUGGACGACGUUCGCAUCGUGCGCAAGGUCGACCAACAGAGGUGACAAUUCUCGAGGCUAGAAAACUCUCGGGAACAAAACCCCUGGGAUCACCAGGUGGGCACUCGUUACAGUCACCGACUCAUAAUCCCACGGCUCUCUUUCGAUCAACUCAAGAUCUUCAUUCAAAGAUUACAGAUGGACUCGCGGAGCUGGCACAGUCUGAAAUCCACCACGAAGAACAUCGCGCAAACCGUCAAUUCUGGAUUUUUGUGUCACGAGUUGUGGACCGCGUUUUCUUGCUAUUAUUUUCCCUUGCGUUUGUCUGUUCUUCGUGUGCAAUAUUUGCUCAAGUGCCAGAUCACUAUAAUUUACUCUUGUAGGAUUGUAGCAAACCGCGAUUGUGGUUUCCAGUGAGAGGACUAAGCAAGAAGCGUAGAUUAUGAGGUUAGAACUGAUUCAUCGAUCUUUAAUUUCUGUGAAAUUGACAGUUCCUCUGAACGAGAAACAAUGCACUGUAUCAUCGAUUUAUGACUAACGAGAUCAGUUCUCGUCUUUUAAUGAGAAAAUUAAUAUGAAUCUUGGAAAUUGGCCUCGGAGUAAUAAAACAAUAGGAGAAAUAUGUAAUCUUGCACGAUUAGGUGCGUUCUGACUUAGGAGAAACUAAGAUUCUUUGAUUGUCGCGUUUAAGAAAACAUUUUAAGCUCGCUGUGUUCUAUUCCGAAAACAUCAUGAAUAAUAAAUUCUUGCAAUCGAAAAAUAGAGGAAUAAUGUUAUUUUGAAACCACUUACUGAACACAUGCUUUUUUGCGUUGCUUGACCAGUGCCGCUUCAUCUUGUGAUACAGUAAAUUGCAUUAACCACUGAUACAUCAAUCGCCAAGAUAGGAUUUGUAUGAAAUGAAUCUUUCAUAGACACAAGAUUAUUUAAGGUGGUCAGAAAAAAUUUUACUAGUUUAUCAGCUCCCACGUUCUUGAAUCUCGAAAUUUUUUGCUCUUCAAAUCUUUUACUGAGUGUUGCAGGAUUAUCUACACUGUUCGUCAAAAACAACCGUCUAUAUGAGUGGAUUAGAUAAUUUUUUUAAUCAUACCUAAAAAAAAGGGAAAUAAAAGAAAAUCAAUCUCCAGGAGUAUUUAAUUUUUUUUAUUAUUUUUUAUUAAAAUAAAUUUCAGAUUCACAAGGAAACUUUCUACUUUUGCAUCACCUUCAUCAUCAUUUCAGUGUGGUGGUUAUUGAAUUUAUGUCUGCUAGAAAUAGACGAAGAUUUAAAUGAAAACAUCUUGCCCCAUCCAUAGGUUAGUGGUGCGGAAAUUUCUAAACAGUUUCUUAAUUCUGUUAUCGAAACAUUAAAUCUGCCAAUUGCCUUCUAGAAAAAGUCAACACCAUAAAAUUUUAAACCCGACCUUGGGACAAUAUUUAUCUACCGCUGGGUAAACAUUUAUACCACAUUUUAUAUUCUGAGAUUUUUAUAGACCGCUUAUACAAUAACGAAAUUAUGGACUUUCAGGUACUUUUUGUGCUACUGUACAUUUAUUAUCGUGCUAAAAAAAAAGAAACUCAGAACAGUACAGUUAAAACUAAAAUAUUCCUGUGAGAUCUAGACACCCUCCAGCUCAAUUACUUCCAAGUGUUUCAAUUAUUGAUAUCAUGGAGUAAGUUUAAAAACUGUUGUUUGAAACGAAAGCUAUUUUUCACAGAUUGUUUUGUCAUAUCAUUUGUUUCGUUUCAGUUCUGCUAUUUCUUUCAUUGCGAUUUCUCUACUCUCAAAUCAGUGACAGCAAAUGCCGGGAAAGUUGACCCAUAAAUAAUGAAAUGAACACCACCAACGCAGCAAAAAAAAAUUUGCCAGAAUGAUCAAUAUCCGCAAGUACUCGACUAAAGUAGUCAACAAACACUUUGAACUGACGAACUCGUGUAGCUUAACGAAUAAGCGCUAAUGCGAACCAAUGACACUACCACAGAUACUAAGAAUAAAUAUGAGUUACUAUGGAUAAAGUUCUACGGCGAAACAGGUUUCGAAGGCGGACUUUCGAGUUAUAUUUCUUAUCAAUUUGGUUAUGAUCAAAGUCGUAAGGCAUUUUAAAACAGAUUGUUAUGAGACGUUUGGUUUUGUUUGUUGUUGACUAUAACAUCAUUAAUUCAUACGUUCAAAAAAAUAAUUUGAAUUCUCCUUGGGUUUUCUGGGUCUCAGAGGAAUCUUGUACCAUCUCUGGCAAUCAAGAUUUGCGUAAAAACUUAAGACUUAUCACGGUGAUAACGCUUAAGUACAUAAGUCUGUUCUUAGCAACGGAUUUUGCUUCUUUUCUUCUAAAUAAAACCAAACUGUGUAGGUUUAAAAUCGAUUUUUCUUUUGAUUGAAACGUCGUAAAUCCAAACGAUAGCAAAUGGAAAAAGAAAUAGGGCGAACAUGAGAAACGCGAAGGGAAUAGUUUACUGGUCGAACUUUCCACCGUGAGGUUUUUCUUUUAUCAUUUUUACUCGUUCUUGUAACAAAACGUCCUUUGACUCGUCAUUGGGAGUUUGGAGGCAACUUCAACGAAUACCUUAAAUUAUUUACUUAGAAAGUAGAACUUUCCUUAGUAAUUUAAGACACUGGACCGAGGAUUUGUGCUUGUAUCAUGAAUUGAAUAAGAGACAACCACAAAAAGAACUGGACCUACCGUUUAAAGUGACUGGGUAAUCGCAAC